CGUCAACGCUGUACUAACUAAAGUCAAACGCUCAAACUUCAAAACCGAGCGUAGCGAUGACUGCGAUUGGAUAAUUAUCUUUUAUCAGCAUAUUUUAUUGAUAUGAGUUUAUAUACGAUACAUCUUUCUUAUCAGAGGUGAAAGGCGGGAAGAUAAAAUGUUUUUGAAAACGCAGAUUUUUAAGGCAAUUUCAUUUAAGAAUCCAGUGAAGUUGCCUUUAUCGUAUUGGAUUUUAGUUUUUAUAAGAUUUGCUUUGACUUUGAUACCGCAAAGAGGAUAUAUACACCCAGAUGAGUUCUUUCAAAAUGUAGAAGUGAUUUCAGGUGAUAUAUUUACAAUAGAUGUUGCAAGAACUUGGGAGUUCAACCCUAAAUUUCCUGUACGAAACAUUUUUGUACCUAAAAUCAUAUUAGGCCCACCCCUUCACCUUAUACGAAUCAUCAACCCUUAUACAAAAAAUCUUAUCAAUAUUGACUUGAAAACCCCCUAUUACUUACUCACAUUGCCGAGGUUAUUUAUUUGCUUCCUCUCACUCAUUAAUGAUUACUGUUUAUAUAGAAUAUGUACUAUGUAUGGACAGAAUUUUAGAAAUAGACUUAACAUAUUCGCUACUUCUUAUGUGAUACUUGUGUAUUGCUGUAGAAGUUUUUCUAAUGCUUUUGAAAUGAUAUUUUUCUCUAUUCUUUUAUUUCUGGUAGCUGAAUGUAUGUUUAAGUCGGAUGUGGUAAUAUAUCACAAUGAAUUUUUGAAUGAAAAAUAUAAGCAAGCAAAAACGAUAGUGGAAAAAGUAAAAAUUUAUAAACUGACAACUCACCUACCUGAUCAUUCAUUGAAUCAUGUUAUACCUAUUGCAACAAUUGUAGUGAUAGGGAUAUUUAAUCGUCCAACUUUUAUAGGGUUUGCAUUCCCACCUUUAUUUUUCUGGUUACACAGGGGCUUGGGAUCUAAGGUAGUGGGAUUUAAAGACUUCCAUUACAGAAUAUUUGUAUUACUUUUUUGUGGAAUACCCUCCACUCUUUUACUGAUUCUAGUAGAUUCGGGCUAUUAUGGCUAUCUAACUAUGGCUGACAUUGAAUCACUAAAAUUAUCUUGGAAUAACUGGGUCGUGACACCUUUGAACUUCUUACGAUAUAAUUCUGAUAAGAGGAACCUCAUUGAACACGGACUUCAUCCACGCUGGCUCCACAUCGCCGUCAACGUACCGCUACUAUUUAAUGUGAUUGGUCUAAUGGCUUUCUUCACAAUAUUGAUACAUGUUUACAGAUUCGUCCGCGGGCAAUACAGUAAGUUACCAAGGAUACAAAGCAUCACAGGGCUGAUGAUAUUUGCAAUUAUUGUUCCCGUUGGAAUAUUAUCUCUUUUUCCACACCAAGAGGCUCGCUUUAUCAUACCUGUACUGGUGCCGCUGGUUUUCUUGUACGGUAAUAAUUUAUACCCAAACGACAGCGAUACUAAAAGAAUCAAGCUAUUGAAGAAACUCCUUCGCAUGGUAUGGUAUACCCUGAACAUAGUGUUAACGUUGUUUUUCGGUUUUAUUCAUCAGGGUGGUAUUUACCCGUUUGCUAGUAAUCUUCAUCGAGAAAUUAAAAGUUCAUACGGAGUGCACACUCACGUUAUUACGACGCAUAGUUACAGCAUACCGACUUUUCUUCUUCAAUUGGAAAGCACGAAUACAAUCUAUAAAGACAAGAGAUCCGGUCACAAGUAUAAACUAGCACCGACGACCUUUUUAAAUAAAUACGGCUCAAUGCCGAUGGAAAAUAUAUUUAUAAAAGUAGAUGAAGUUUUAACGAAUGCAGAAAUAUUAUUACAUAAAUAUGAGAGACAGUAUAGGUUCUACCUCGUCUCACCGUGUUCUUUGGAGCAUAAAUUAAGACACGAGAGCAGUAAAUAUCCUCACAUCGAUGUGAAGGAAGAAUUUUCCUACUACCCUCACUUUUGUUCGGAGGCACUUCCUGAAUUUCCUAACAGGUAUGAUAACUUCUGUUCUGAACAUAACAUGCUACGAGCGAAUGAAUCUCGCGCCGUUGAUCUGACAAUGUACCAAAGAAUCUCAUGUUUCUUUAAAAGAUUUUGCUUGAGAGUAUAUCGAAUAAAUCCCGCAACGAACUUUUUAAUCGAUUUUUAGUAAUUUGUAAGUAUUUUUAUAAAAAAUGCUGGAUCAGAUCUUUAUUUAGGACAUUAUUUUGCUAUGCCUAUGCUAGACAUUGGAUCAAAACUUUGACUGCUUAACAUAUAUCGUGGUCAAUUUUGAAGAGAUUUAGAUUUAAGUAGAUAGUGCAAUAUUUAUCUUAUCAACCGAUGUGGCGUACGAUAUAUUUUUUAUUAAUUUUAAUAAUAAUAUUAAUUGGGGACAUUUUUCACACACGGCCAUCUGAUCCCAAAUUAAGCUUGUACAGAGCUUGUGCUAUGGAAACCAGACAACUGAUAUUGAUUUGCUAUAUCGUUUAGCACAAAACUAAAAAAAAACUAUUUAUAGUUAUAGAUAGGUAUUCGUCUACAUAGGAUAGCUAAAAUAGAUUAAAAGUACCACAAAGUGCAAUGUGGAAAAAUCAUAUUGUUACGUUAGUUUAUACGUACGUAUAUAUUACGUUUUGUUAGUUUGUGGGUAAUGAAAUGUCAUCGGUGAAAAUAAGAAGUAAUUUAUUUGCACCGUACACAAUACCAAAUGGCUAAGUUGUUCACAGAGGCUCCAAAUGCUUUGUUUAAGUCGCAGGCUUCUUCCUUCUUCGUCAGUUCCCAGAGAUAUUUAACUCUCUAAUUGAGCUGAUUGAUAACAGUUCUAGAAUGUGAUACUAAGUGCAAAGUGUUUAAUUUUAGUUCUUGAUUGAUAUACGUAGAUAUGAUUAAAGCCCUUUCAUCUUCAAACUCAUUAGCAUGGUUUGGGCCGUGCUUGAAAGGCGGGGGGAGGGCGCUAGUACUUUUUGCCCUUCUAAGAUUUAGUAUUUUUGUCAGAAAAUGUAAAUAUCCAUGUCGUGAUUGCAAUUAUUCUGGCAGGCAAUCCAUUACUUUACAUUUACAGGCUACCAUCAAUUUUUGUCUAGAGAAAUUUUUCUAUCCCUAUGAUAGAAAAUUUGGGAAAAUAAAAUUUUUAAGAUCUUUAUGUGAGAUUUUGGUAUCACCUUUUUGUUCAAAUCCUCCGCCAUCUUACGUCUUGCUCCAGAAUAAAUAUUAAUGAACCCUCUUUCACUUGAUUAUCUUCAACUGUUGGUUCUUAUAUGAUUGAAUCUGCAGAUACAUAUUUAUCUGAGUCUCUUGGAUCUCAUAUGCUUACUCCUUCUUGCCCUUGCCUUUGAUCCAUUCGAGCGUAUAACCACCAAUUUAAUGUUGUAGAUUCUAAUACCGUGCCCAUAUUUCCAGACCUGUUGGGCUCCUCGUAGUUUAGUACAGACAGGACUACAGACUCUCUGUGAGAGUUUCAGAAAACCCUUUUCUGUACAAUUUUUUUUUGGUCACUUUACGCUCCUUUAAAAACUUCGAAUUAAAUGUUUGCAUUUACCUUUAUCACUGUUUAAAAAAAUAGCUUGAUCGUAACAAUAUAUAUUAUCUGUUGUACACAUCCAAUAAUAAUGGUCAGAAAUACCAUUACGUAACUACAUUAUUUACAAUUCAUUUUGAAAAUAUUUGAUCACAUUUUUAGGACCGGCUUAAACAAGCGACUGUUUUACUAUCAUAAGCUUAGUUAUUGUAAAUACGAGUAAUUGUAAGAAAAUUUGUAUCUACGUUAAGCGCAUGUAACAUGAAACGGAGUGAUAUCUGUAUUUAUAAUAAAUUAAUAAUAAAAAAAAUCGCAUGUACUAGCUUUAAAUUGCAUCGUCAGAAUAAUGAUAUAGAUUUUAAUUCUAAAAAAGAAAUUAAAUUUGAAUUCACGAUAACAUGACAUAUAAUUUAAAAAUAAAAUUGAAGGGAAAAUAUUAUUUAACAUCCACCUUCCCAUCGUUAUUUAUAAUCAAGGCCAUAUAGGUUUGUUAAAUACAAUCAACGGUUAUUAAAAGAGUUAUUUAAAUGCAAAAUAUAGUAUUUGUGCUUUGCGUUAAUGGGCUAUGGCUUAGUUAAUAAUUAGGUCUAUAUAAGCAAGCUAGCAUUAAUGAAGUUAUAGCAAAGUUUUAGAAUUCAAGAGACAGUUUCAAAUACAUUCCGUGUUACGUAAUUCUUCAUUCCACAAUUUUUAAUUGCUCGUGUUUGUAUAUGUUUGUUGAUGUAUAUUCAAUUUUACGUUUCCUGUCAGUUAAAUCCACUUUAUUAAAACACAUUUACUCUGUCAUCGUCAUUAGGAACGAUAAAUCGAAAGUGACUAGUCCUGAUUUAAGAAAAAAAUACUCAAUAUGUAUUAUGUUAUGCCAUAAAAAUAUAUUUGUAAGUAUGUACCUGUGUUAAAGUUGGGGUACCUAUAUAUACAGUGCAAUCUCGAUACAACUAAACUAAAGGGAAUUAGAUAAUCUUCGUUAUACCAAGUAAUUUCUUACAAUGAGUUUUGUUUAUCUUUAACAAGGUAAAAAAAACUAUGUUUAAAUACUUAGUUUUUGUUUCUAUGCGACGCGCGAUGGGUAAGUAUUAAGGAAGACAUUUUUCGUUACGCAGCCAUUGAAACUUUCAACUUUUCGAAGAAUUUGUUAAAUCGAGGAAAUGAUUAUUUUGAGGCUCGUUAUAUUAAGGUUGCGCUGUAUAUAUAUUAAUUUUGUAAAAUUAUUUUUUAAUAAAU